AUGGUGAGAAGAGGUCUAAAGAGGAAGAUCGAAAUAAAGAAACGCGAGACCAAAGAACAACGAGCAGUGGCUUUCACGAGACGCCGUCAAACGCUCUUUACGAAAGCCGCCGAACUCAGUCUUCUCUCCGGUGCAAACAUCGCCGUUCUCGUAACGCCUCUUGCCGGUAAUUCCGACGUACUCUACUCCUUCUCCGGAUACUCUACUGCCUCCGAGAUUUCCGAUUGCUACCUCAACGGGAAGCUUCCUCCUAAGGUUAACCCCAAGUCCAAGCUAGGUUGUUUUUGGUGGGAAGAUCCGGAUCUUUACCGUUCUUGUGACGAUCUCUCCGAGCUAGAGGCCAUUGCGGAUUGUAUAAAGGGAAUGAAGAAGAGUUUGAUGGCGUGUCUUGAGAAGAAAGAAAAGUUACAACUGGUUUCUAAUUCGGAUCAAGAAGGCCAUAUCAUUUGUUCUCUCGACGACGACAAGUCUUGCUCGCACAUUGUUUCUUUCGAUCAAACCAUCAACCGUCGUAGCUCCUCUGUCGACAAGAAUUGCGGCGGAUCUUCAUCACAAUUCGUAUCAGAUUCGGAUCAAAACCCUAACUCCUCUGUUCUCAUCUGA